AGUUACUUAGUGUGCACCACAUCUACCCCUCACUUCAUCUAUCGGGGAGAAAUCCGUCGCUACGUAUCAGAGUGCCUCCAUGUCCUCGUCCUCCGGGGAGCAGCGUGUGGCCUUCCGCUCCACUGCCGUGGUCACCGGCUUCGAGGGCAAAGUGGAGUGCGUAUCACACUACUCUUCGCGCGUGGUCGUGGGCUCCAAAGAUGGCCGCCUCGUCAUGUAUGAUACACGCAAAGGCACGUCCACAUCCACGGCCUCGUACACGUUCUCACACGGCCAGCGUGUGGAGCAGCUACUCGCUGUGCCUCACAUCCGUAUGCUUAUCGUUGUCUCCAAUGGAGAAAUAUCGGCCCACGGCGCUACGGAUCUCAAGCCGCUCGACUUUGACUUCUCCAAAGCCAACACCCACAAAGUACGACUCGUAUGCGUCAACCAGCGCGGGCCACCGCACUUCCGUCUGGGUGUGGCUAUGCUUAAGAGGAAGGCCAUUGCCAUAUACCAGUACCACAGCAGUGACAAGAGUUACGCCUUCUUAAGAGAGUUCAGCACCCAAGAUGUACCUGAAGCCAUGAGCUGGUACAGGAACAAAGUCGUAGUUGGCUUCAGGAAGGACUAUUAUCUACUCAACGACAAGUCUGGAGACGCCACACAGAUCAACUCUCCAGGUAUCCAGGACCCCACCGUGUUCCCCGUGGUGAAGUUGCUACCGAAAGAGGAAAUUUUGGUUGCUGUUAUGGAUCGGGUGGGAGUUUUCGUGGGCUUUACGGGAGAUACGCUGCCCAAGAAUUCAGUGACCUGGUCGCAGAGUCCUCAGCAAGUGGAGUUCUCGUCGCCGUACUUGUUGGCAUUGGUGCCAAGAGUGGGUGUCGAGAUCCAUCGAGCCAGUGAUGGAGCGCUCGUGCAGACUAUUCCCCUCACACGAGCCGUGUGUAUGUUUGGUAACGGUAUGAAGUGGGAUAUGGAACCCAGACAAAGUGGAGAUAGCGAGGACGUCGUCGUUGUCGGUGUGAGAGAGUCGAAUGGCACGUCCAGUGUCAUGAAGGUCGAGCCGAUGCCGUUAGAUCAACAGGUUGGAGAACUUUUGGAUCGCGGACAAAUUGAUGAGGCACAAAAUUUGGUCCGGAAGUCCAUUUCAUCGCUAUCAAGUGACAAGCAACGCAGUAAGAUUAAACGCUUUCAACGUCAGGCCACAGUGGCGCUUCUACGCCGACUGGAGUUCGACCAAGUUGCUGACUACAUGUACCGCGCUGCUAUCGAGCCGUGUGAGUUUAUUGCCUUCUUCCCGGACCUCCAGUGCUCCUCGUUCGCAUAUGAACCUUCAGUACUGAAGCCCGAGGUGCUCCCGCGUGGUAACAGCUCUGCUCCAGAUAUUUCCUCAGUUGUGCAGGAGCUACUCUCGUCUCCGCGUGCUCCUCUAAGCAGCGACAUUGCCAAGAGUGACGCUGCUGACCUCAUUAAUGCAGCGCAAAAAGCGCUGCUCAAGUUCCUCAAUCAAUACAAGAAGCACAUGCGAGACAAGGCUCGCGCUCGUGUGCGCACCAUGUCUUCAGCUCGUGGUCGUACCGGAUCAAAUGCCAGUCCCAAGGACGCACGUCGCGUUGAAGCGAUCGAUACGGCGCUCUUCCGACUCUACGUUCACUUUAAGCGGUACAAGGAGCUGCUUGUUCUCAUUCAAGAGCCAAAUCCUGAUGUCGAGGGCCCACCGGGAUCUCUCGGAGGCUGCGCGCUUGAGCUGGACUCUUGCCGUUCACUGCUAAUGAAACACAAGUUGUACUACGAAGCAGCUCAGUUGCUCUGUGCUCAUCAAAACUACGACGAAGCUUUGGAAAUAUUCUCUUUGCUGCAUCACGGCGAGUACAAACAGCGCAGUGGAUCAAGUAGCAUGCCCAAGUCUCCGAUCGAAGCAGCCAUCGAUGUGCUUAUAUCUGUGCCCGAGUCAGAGAGCGAGUUCAUCUUGAAGCAGUCGAUUUGGAUUAUCAAGGCGACGUCUGCCAAGCAGGCUCUGCGUAUCUUCACAGAGCGCCGACCACCAUUGCCAUCGAAUGAUGUAGUUGCUCACUUGAGGGAGCAUUCGAACGACCCCGCUAUCGUCCAAAGGUACCUGGAAACUCUCGUCAAGGCGAAUGGUGAAGCGGGAGCAACGCCAGGUGCAGCAACGACAACAGGAAGUGACAGUGGAGUCAAUAUCGAAGGCAGUAGUAGAGGCUUCAAUGCCUUUGCUGACCCUGCUGCAGCAGAGCUGGGAGUUAAUGACAGCUACAGUCACUUCUUGGCUGGCGACAAUGACGACGAUGAUGAGCCCACGCGUGGCCCGGACGGUGGUGCGGCGUCAAUUGUGGUGGACCCUCAUCACACCCGUUUGGCUCUGGAAUAUCUGGAUGAAACACUGCGACUUGUAGCCAAGGGAGAGACGCCGUCGAAAUCUCAACCGGGCAAGGAGCCUGGACAGUUAGGUGAGGCCCGCAAGCGACUACUGAAAUUCCUCAAGUCAGGUUCUUCACGCUACGACGUGGUGCCGCUAGUCGAAAAGAUCAAGGGCAAGCCGCUAUACAACGAGUUCGUGAUUCUCUGUGGCCGUGGAGCACUGCACGAAGAGGCUGUCACCUCGCUGGUCUACGAGUUGAACGAUCUGCGAGGAGCAGAGAGCUACUCAGUCAAGUACGGAGCGCGUGCGCCAUCGGUUGGAUCGUCGAUAGGAACUAACAAGAAGACUGGAGCUGGAGCCACCAUGGAGCGUAACGAUGCGUUGAUGGAACUGCUGAAGAUCUGCUUCUCGCCUCGUGACGAAUCCAAAAAGGCAGCGUUCAACGACUUCGGUUUCCAGCUACUUGCACGUCACGGCAAGAGCCUCGACAGCGCCGUAGUGCUGGAUAUGGUGCCACCAAGCACCCCGCUGUCCAAACUAGGAGAGUUCUUCGCGCAGGCCUUGCCACACAGCGCCCACAACGUGCGAGAGAUGAGCAUCACGAAGUCGCUGUCGAACGUCUACAACCUCCAAGUCCAAUGCGACCGCGUGGAGCGCUUGUCUCAAAGUGUGCAGGUCGACCCCAACACUCUCUGUCCUGUGUGCCACAAGCGUAUCGGCGACAUCGUGUUCGCUGUUUACCCGAACGGGAAGGUUGUGCAUUACAACUGCACCAAUAGCAACCUCCAGCUUUGUCCUGUUACAGGCGAGCGCUUCUCUUGAAGCGGAAAUGGUAGAUAGCGUAGCAUAGCUUCGUUAGCGCGAGUUGGUGUGAAGAAAAAAAAAGAAUGUAGUAGAAAGCGCAAGAGAUUCAUAUUAGACGGAGGAUGUAUACCCACCAGCUCUCAGCACUCAGCUUAGCGUCUGCGCGAUGUCUUUUUGCUUUUCACUGGUUCCAGCUGAGUGGGUGGACCGAGCUCG